AUGGCAGGGAGUGGAUCGUGCCUGUAAUGAAAUUACAUAUGGAAUAGCCGAGCGAGGAGUCGGUCCACUUCAGCCUGGACUGAUCUGAUGCGGAAUGAGGGGGGUAUUGUUUAAUGUGUGAGAUCAGCGCGGAGGCUGUGUGUGUAUUUGUGAGGGACGCGCGGGUACCUGAGGAUGAGGUUGUGUUUGGGGUGGAUUAUUCUCCAGUAGACCACUGCUCCGGUCUGCUGCUCGGGAGGGAAUUGGAGUGAAAGUCCGCCAUAUUCAGCUUUACCACGCCCGGAGUCCAGGCGUUUGGGGAAAACCAUUUCAGAGCACUGGCUGCUGAGCUAAACAUCAUGCAAACCUUGCUGUUGUCUUCUACUGGAAGUGCUGGGAAACGUGGGCAGCGAGAACAGCAAGAAACGGAGCACUAUCGCUUCUUCUGUGGAGAGCACUGUUAUUAACUAGUUAGUUACCACAGCUGCGUUAGGUUAACUAACUGAAAAGAGUGUUAUUUAGCCAGCUAACAAGCUAACUCUAGUUUAGCUAACUAUCAAACCUAUUGUUAUCCUGUAUUAAACUAAAUAAAAAAGUUGCUAACUAGCUUAGCUAGGAUAAAUAACCUAACUAGCUGGAAGCUAGCUUAGCUAGUUAGUUAAUCAUACGUAACGUUAUCCUGUCUUAAACCAAAUCAAAACAGUAGCUACAUAGCUAGCUUAUCUAGGUUAACUAACUUAACUAGCUGCAUAUAUUGCUAUCUAGCCACCUAACAAGCUAACUAGCUUAGCUAACCAACUAAGUUAUCUAACCUAACGUUAUCCUGUAAUAAAAUAAAAAAUAACUAGCUAGAUAAGCUAGGUUAACUAAUUUAACUAGCUGGAAAUAUAUGUGAUCCACCUAUCAAGCCUAUCUAUCUUAGCUAACUAUCGAAUCUAAUGUUAUCCUGUAUUAAACUAAAUCAUAAAAGUAGCUAACUAGCUAAUCUAGCUCUAUCUUAAAAAUAGUCAAUAGUUGUGUAGCCACUUAACCAGCUAGUUUAGAUAAUCUAUCUAUCUAAUCUAACGUAAUCCUGUAUUAAACUAAAGUAAAUAACUAAAACAAAAGCUAAAUAUCUAUCUAACUUAGCUAGUUAGCUGUUAACUAACUUUCGCUUAGCUAGCAUAGUCAUGGACACAUUCUGCCCCAAGGAUCUGUUGUUUUUAAAGUAGCUAACUAGCAGUCAGCUAACUAAUUAGCUAGCUAACUAGCCAUCUCAGAAGCUCGAUAUAUAGUUUAGCUACCUAGUUAGCUAGAUAACGUUAGCUUUAAGGCUACAAGUUUUGCUAGAACAGCAGGGAUGAUCAAGAACUUUAAAAACCGGUGGUUAGUUAAGCUAAUCUAGCUAACGUAGACUGUUUAUGAACCCCACACCCUGUCCUCCUGUUCUGUUAAACUUAGCUGGGAAAGCUAUUUUCUCCUAACUGGCUAAUUAUUAAUAUCUACACCCAUGUCUGGACGGCUUCUCCCUCAAUGGAAGUGCUGAGAAACUCCUAAAACACAGGGAAAUCAGCUCGCCCUCCGCCUCUCUCUCACUUUGGGAAUCAGAAAUCAUGACUCUAGACUCCAUAAUGGCGUGCUGCCUCAGCGAAGAGGCGAAAGAAGCGAGGCGGAUCAACGACGAGAUCGAGAGGCAGAUCCGCCGGGACAAGAAGGACUCCCGCCGGGAGCUGAAGCUGCUGCUGCUCGGGACUGGAGAGAGUGGAAAAAGCACCUUUAUCAAGCAGAUGAGGAUCAUUCAUGGUUCAGGCUACUCAGAGGAAGACAAGAAAGGUUUCACCAAGCUGGUCUACCAGAACAUCUUCACGUCAGUUCAAUCCAUGAUCCGAGCCAUGGACACCCUUCAGAUUCCCUACAAAUAUGAACACAAUAAGGGCAAUGCCAAUAUUGUUCGUGAAGUCGAUGUAGAGAAAGUCUCAGGGUUUGCAAAUCCUUAUGUAGAUGCCAUUAAAAGUUUAUGGAAUGACCCAGGAAUCCAGGAGUGCUACGAUCGACGGAGAGAAUAUCAGCUCUCUGAUUCUACAAAAUACUACCUGAAUUCACUGGAUCGUAUUUCAGACUCCUGUUAUGUGCCCACGCAGCAAGAUGUGCUCAGGGUCAGAGUGCCCACAACUGGCAUCAUUGAAUACCCUUUUGACCUGCAAAGCGUCAUAUUCAGAAUGGUGGAUGUGGGUGGCCAGCGGUCAGAGAGACGGAAGUGGAUCCACUGCUUUGAGAAUGUCACCUCCAUCAUGUUCCUGGUGGCGCUGAGUGAAUAUGAUCAAGUUCUGGUGGAAUCUGAUAAUGAGAAUCGAAUGGAAGAAAGCAAAGCACUGUUUAGGACAAUCAUAACGUAUCCCUGGUUCCAGAAUUCUUCAGUCAUUUUGUUUUUGAACAAGAAGGACCUGUUGGAGGAGAAAAUAAUGUUUUCACAUCUUGUGGAUUACUUCCCCGAGUACGAUGGUCCCCAAAGGGAUGCUCAGGCUGGAAGGGAAUUCAUCCUGAAAAUGUUUGUCGACCUGAAUCCAGACAGUGACAAAAUCAUCUAUUCUCACUUUACCUGCGCAACAGACACAGAAAACAUCCGAUUUGUCUUCGCAGCCGUCAAGGACACCAUCCUACAGCUCAACCUGAAGGAAUACAAUCUAGUCUAGAGAAGACAAUUCAAACUGGUCACAGCUGUUGUUCCUGCCUGCUCCAGAAGCACCUGCCGUCCACAGCUUGACCGCAAAUGGCAUGCAUACGAUGGUAUUGAUCCGUCCUGAUGUUUUUUUGUUUUUGUUUUUUUUUUUGUUUUUUUCUUUUCAAGGGCAAAUUGGAGACCGAUUACCUUUUUGUCUUUGGACCAUAAUAUCAAUUAAUACAAACUGCUCACUACUGCAUAAUUAUUUAUUUGCACCUACUUGGAGCUUGUUCACAGGGUCCAUCUUGAAUAUUAUUAUUCCAUUUUAAAGAGAAAUUAUGAUUAAUGAACUUUUAAUGAUUGUGAGCGACAAAUGCAUUCGAAAGAGACAUACUCUCACCUUCCUGCUUUUCUGAGGAAUUGUGGGUGGUCAAAUUUCAUAGCGUUUUCUCUCUGUCUGCAAGUUUUGAAUGUACAUAUUUGAUUAAUUUCUAAGAUGAUUUGUUUUCUUGUCUAUCACUUUAGUCAUUUUAUCUGAUGAUUCUGUGAGGGACAAGAGGUUGUUGGAAAGUAAUUAAAACCAUUGUCCAUUGUAUUUAAGCACAGCUGGUAACAGUCCAGCAAGACUUUGCAGGUUCAGGAGGUGCACUAAGAGAAAUCUGAUAACUGUGCAUUUGUUGUCUUCAUAAUGAGUGAAUAGGAGUCAGUGGUUAGGAGUUGAGUGGUAGUAAGUGUUAAAAGUGCCACAUUUUUGCUUUUAAAUAUGCUUGUCUUAUAUAUUGCCAAAUUAAUUAUUGCACCGCCAGUGUGCACUGUCCCCUUCAUGUCUAUAUAGUACUAGUUCAUUUUUUUUAACACACCACCUGUUGUAUUGUCUUCUGGGUAUUUUAUCUUUCUGUUUUGUUCUUGUAAAGUAGUUCUGCUUCACAAUUAGAGCUCACUCUUAAUGCAGAUUUCUGUUAGUUACAAUACUCAUCAGUAUUUUCAAUCAUUUAGUUGAUUUAUUCAUCCAUUUUAGUUUGAAACCCACUAGAUGGGUCAAGGAUUUUUGCCUACUAUUACAUGCUUAAGUAAUAGUCUUUUACAUUACAUGCCAAAUAUUCCCGUAUUGAUGUAUUAAAUUUUGUAUGUAAUUUUGACCAAGAGUUAAGUGAAAUCAAGCUGUUGUCAGUAUGUACAAUCAUUCAGUGCAAAGCUGCCUUAAUGAAUUGCUUUCGUGUAAAGGGUUGGCCCUUGUCGAUGUAAAGAUCUGAUGCAAUUUGGGAACAUACUCAAAGUGCUGGGUGUUCCUUCUAGAUUAAAUUGCGUCUGUGUUCAAGUUCUGGAGGAAGUGGGAACUCCCUUUUCAUCGUAAAUGAGCAUUCAUCAGGUUUACAAACUCUUAUUGAUAAAGGGAUGCUAGUUUAGAAAGUAACAGUGGUGGUAUUAGUGCUGUGUGGUGUUCACCAUCCAACUGAUCUGAAAAUGAUCCAGAAGUUCUAAUGAUUCCAAAGGAUUUUGGUGUUAAUAUGAUGGUGUUGAAAUCAUUCCUAAAUUGACUGAUCUCAAAUUAAAUUUGUCCUACUUUUGAAUUGUGGUAAUGUCCUUUGAAUACCAUUCGUCAAGAGUCACGUGUAGCUGUAUUUGUCUUUUCAGUUGUGAUGUUAUACGUGCUCUUGAAUAGUUUUUCUGCAUGGCUGAGAGUUGUCAGAUAAUCAUUUAGUUGAGCUCAGAAGGAUCGCAGAAGUGCUGCGUUAAAUAUGCAUUAAUUACUGCUGCUCAGUAGUGGCUCUUGAAGACACAGAGAUGUGCUCCGAAGCAAGAAUGAAUGAAACAUUUCCAAUAACACUGAUAUUCCCAUGUUUUCCUAUUUUUAUUUACUGGGAACUGUGAGCACAGUGCAUAAAGCUCUUAAUUCACUCAACUGAAUUAAUUUUUCAUGCUCUGGUGAAGUCAGACAUCAGUCAGAAGUCAGAUAAUAUGCCAUUCAAGGUUUAAGGUGCCUCAUGUUGUACUUUUUCACAAAUUUGCCAUGUGACUGUGUGUCCCUCACACUUAUAAUCAUAUAAUCCCAGUAUGAGCUUCACUGAGCUAUUUCUUCAACAAUACGCAACAUUGCCAAGAGAAGAGAAAAAAGGAGAAGAAAACAAGUGUGAGGCUGGUGAUCAUGUCAGACUGAAAUGUUCUGUGUGGUGUUGGAUGGUCUUUUUUGGACUAAUGAUGAUAAGCCUUAGAAGUCUCCACGUGUGACCACAUCUGGAUCAAGAUUUAAAUGCUAUAUUACCUUCAUACGGACAGUUUGGAGGGAACUGUGAAUACAGUGUAACUGCAUUUUCUUCACAAACACUACGCUGCCUAGCUGCAAUCUGUUGUUUUCCACUUUUCUCUCCAAGAAGUUGCUCUUUUUUUGUUAUUCAGAGCAUUGUCAUUAAAGCAGAUGUCUAAAAUGCUUUCUAAUCAACUGUUAUGGAAUAAAUUAUUCCACUUUAUAAACCAGA